CUACUACGUCCUCUUAUGUGUAUCCGAUUCUUAUUUUCCAUUUUUUCUUGUUAAUUUAAUAUACAGUUCUCACUUUCUCACCAAAGCAAUCGCUAGCACAACUUGUAGAAUAUAUAAACAAAACACACACUAACGUAUUACCCUACAUGUGCAUGCAAAUUUCAUCGUCAUGAAGUCUGCAUAAAUUUUGAACGACAAGAUUUACACGCAUAAAGAUUUUGAAACCUAAUAUAUAUAUAUAAAAUAAGAAAUCCGACGUUCUGGUCUACAGAAAGCCCUCAAUGGAUAAAAAGGCACAAAUGUGAAAAGUGAUAUAGGGAAGGCAAAGCAAAACAGCUAAAAGCAUUAAAAAAUCAAAACCUUCGAAACUAAACCUUUCCUGUUACAAAAUAAAUUAUAGAUAAAACCACAGAGAAAACAAAAAAACAAACAAGCAAAGAAAAGUAUUUUUCAACUUGGCUGGCUUCUUGUGUAGUCUAUAUAUAUUCCUUAAACACUUUCUUAAAACCGAAAAGGUUCACAAUAUCUCUCCUCAACAUGACAUCAAGAACACUCACGAGACUUCCUAAUCUCAUUAAUGUUUUUCUCCUGAUUUCUCUAGUUUUCUCAGGUGAUUUAGUUUUUCAUAGUUAUUUAUAUUUUCAUAUGAGAUUUUAAAAUUUGUCAAGUUACGCCGAAUUUUACGACAAUGAUUUAGUGUCAAUACAUUAUUAUAAAAUUUAGAGCGUCUCCAUUACUUAUAUUUGAGGGAGCAUAUCCGUAAUUAAAAAACAUUGAAAAAAUAAAAUAAAUUAUGAGAAAUUUUUUAACAAUCGAAAAAUAUUAUGAAAGUCUUUUCAUCCAUUGGCACCAUGUGAGUCAUGUGACUGGUUUAAUUCCUUUUACAAAUAAAAUAUAAUUAUUUUUAAAAUAGUUAUUUAUUUAAAUUAUAUAAAGAUAAUAUUUUUUAUUGGUUUGAGCAUCGUACUAAUAGAGAUGCUCUUGAUAAUACUUUGGAAACCUACUGAUUUUCAAUAUUUGUUUAGUAUAAUAGAUUUUGCAUGUCAGUAAUCUCUAUAAUUUCCAAUCCUUCUAUUGAAAAUAAAUUCAGGGAAUGUACUACAAAGUGUUGCAUCUCUUGGCAUCAAUUACGGACAAGUUGGUGACAAUUUGCCUUCACCUGAUAAAGUUAUUAACCUCUUGAGAUCUCUAAGGAUUAACAAAACAAGAAUCUACGACACAAAUCCUCAAAUUCUUAGUUCCUUUGCAAAUUCAAACAUAGAGAUCAUCGUCACCAUCGAAAAUCAGGUCUUAACGUUGUUACAAGAUCCUCAACAAGCUCUCCAGUGGGUGAAUUCCCACAUCAAACCCUAUAUUCCGGCCACAAGUAUCACCGGAAUCAUGGUCGGAAACGAGCUUUUCACCGACGAAGACUCUAGUUUAAUCAGAUACAUGAUGCCAGCAACUAUCAACAUCCACAAAGCCUUGUUCCAGUUAGGUUUAGACAGAUACAUUCAAGUCUCGUCUCCAAGCUCUCUCGCCGUCCUAGCCGAAUCUUAUCCUCCAUCAGCCGGAAGUUUCAAGCCGGAGGUUACCUCCGUGAUGCAACAAUUUCUACGAUUCUUGGAAGCCACGCGAUCUCCUUUUUGGAUCAAUGCUUACCCUUACUUCCCCUACAAAGAUAACCCUAACACAAUCCCUAUCGACUACGUUCUAUUCAAUCGUAACAUCGGCAUGACCGAUCCCAACACAGGACUACACUAUGACAACAUGAUGUAUGCUCAAGUAGAUGCGGUUGCUUUCGCUGCUGCGAAAUUAGGGUACCGUAACAUAGAAGUUAGGGUUGCGGAAACAGGUUGGCCUUCCAAAGGAGAUGUUGGAGAGAUUGGAGCGUCUCCUUUAAAUGCUGCCACGUAUAUAAGGAAUCUUAUGAUGAGACAGUUCGCCGGAGAAGGGACUCCGGCCAGACGGAGUUCCAGGCUAGAGGUUUAUAUAUUCGCAUUGUUCAAUGAGGAUAUGAAACCUGGUCCUAUUUCGGAGAAGAAUUAUGGAAUAUUUCAACCAGAUGGAUCAUUGGCUUACGAUUUGGGAUUCUCCACGAUGUCUACUACUAGUACUACAACUGCGACUUCAAAAUCUGUCACCUAUUCAUCUUCUGCCACUAAGGUACAAAGCAAUUAGUAUGGUUUGUUUUUUAAAUCCAUAAAGAUUGGGGUUACAGCGAGAAUAGAUGAUUCUGGAAGCACUAUAUGUGUAAUAACGAAUUCUAUUUUGUUUCUUUUUACAGGCAAAGUCAACCUUGAAGUAUUGGAAAAUUUUGAUAUUGGCGAUGAUUGGGGUUAGUUUUAGAGGGAAGGUUAUCGAGAAGAUAUAACAAGGCGAUUGGUUAGGAUAGUUAUGAAAACCAAAAAAAAAUUUAUCUAAGAUAUAAUUCCAUAUUCAGUUUAACAUUUCAAUCAAAUUUCGGUAAAUAGUUAAAUUAUAUAUAAACCUUUGUAAAAAUAAUAAUAAUAUAUAUAGAUAUACUUUUGUUGUUCUCGUUAACGUGUAAAUUAUACAUAUGGAUAUCCUAAAAUAAUAGUCAAUAAACAAAAACAGUUUAUUGUUCAAGAAAAAAGAAACUUAUAUUGGCGGCUAGUCGCACAUGAAAGCUAUGUGUUACUUCGACCCUUACGCAUAGAAAUAGAAUCGACAAAAACUCUUGCAGCAUAGCUAUAUCACAUAGCUAAUUAAUUCAUUUAUAUAUAAUUAGAUAUUUAAAUAUAAUACUUAAAUUUAAUACGUAACCCAUAAUGCAAAUCUAUGCAUUGGAAAAGCAAAAUGCAAACCUAUAAAUCAUAAUGGAAUGAUACUUCUAAUUUUUGUUCAUUACUCCAUUUUUCACUCUAUUUUGAAAUAAAAUAUGGAAUAAAAUCUAUACUAUUAAAAGGGACUAAUCGAGGUUCUAAAGAGCGUCCACAUGUUUUA